AUGGGCUGUAGAGGUCUCUGGAACUUGCUGAUAUCAACAACUAAUCCUUCGCAGGACAAUGGUAUCGCUCCUGUUAUCACACUGGGAGAAAGCCCCCUUUCCCGGUCCCCUUCAUUCGGGUUUCGACUGGGUCUACACCGUGGAUUUGUGGCCAACAUCUUAAUUAUUACAUUCUGGGACGAAUUAGACGGCAAUUUGAUGCCGAAACCAGUCUGUCUCGAACUGGCCACUGCAUACCAAGCCACGAGUCUGUGCAUCGAUGAUCUACGCCAACGGCCGCGAUACUCACCCACAGACAAUCUCAUCUCAGCCAGUGAAUCCGAAUGUACCGGAGUGGCACCAGAACAAUUACAUAUCGACUUCGGCCCCCCCACCCCAUUGAACGAACUCCAGGCCCGCUUCUUCAUCGAUUUCAUCUUCCCAUGGCGCUAUUACAUCGACGACCCAAUGACCUGGCACUACCAAUCCCCCGUCUUCAAUUGCAUGUGUAUAGCCAUUCUACGUCUAGCAGCCUGGGAUCUAGAAAUCUCCUCAGAUCCUGACGUGGAACUUCCCAUCUCGUUCGCAUCCAUUCCCUCCUGGACGUAUCCCAAAGAAAACAUCUACUGGUUCCACGGAUAUCUCAUCAUUCUCCAUCCCAACAUCUCAUCCCCGCCCAUGCUCCGCUCCGCCCUCCUCAAGGCCCAAAACCACACCUCAACCCCAAUAUCUCAAGGCCGGAUCAUUCACUCAAUCAUCAUCUCCCCCCAUCACAUCGCCUUCUCCGAGCUCUCCCACACCACCCUGAAAUCCACUCGUCCUCUCGCCCUCCUCUCAAAUCAAUCCGCAACCCACUGCUCACCCGGCUUCCGCAUCCUCUCUCAAAUUCUAACCUCAACCUGCUGGCUCAAAUCCCCCACCCACCUCGAAUCAUGGCCCUAUCACCUCCCCCCGGAAAUCCUGCACCUCAUAAUCCAGAACCUCCCGCCACGCGAUACCAUCUCCCUCUCCCAAGCCUCCCUCACAGCCUCGAAAUGCUAUUACACCUCCCCCUCCAUCUCCCAAUUCCGGGCUCUAACCAUCCAAAACUACUCAUUACUCAUCCCCUGCUGUGGCAAUCGCACUGACCUCAACAUAACCUGCUCGAUAUGCCAUUCCUGGCACCACUCACACUCACACUCACACCCCACUUGCACUCCCCACCAAACCCAAGCACACCAACUUUCUUCUUCUUCUUCCGAUAACCAAUCCAUCCGCCCCCCCUGCAACUCAUCCCCAGACCUUACACCCGGAGGCAUCCAACGAACCAGCCGACGGAUCUGGCGCCAAGGAAGCCAAGUUCGCAUCCACGAUUGUGCCAAGGUCCUUCAGCCACGACUUUAUCAGCCUGCGCAUUUACGGCCCUCGUUGCGUGUCCGGGGAGAUUUAUCCGGAGUACCUCCUGAAUUGAUUGAUUAUACGGUACGGUUUGAUGGUGUGUUUUCGGGGUUGGCUUAUGGGUUGGAUGAUGAAGCCUAG